AUGGGUUUCAUGCCGGGCCUUACAAUAACCACCCGCGUCCCCCGGGACGCCGGGACCACCAGCCCGAUCGGCUCGAGCGGCACUGCCGGGGAUGUGGGAGCCCCUGAUGCGGAGACCCCACAAAAUGCGCCCUCACCGACCCGCCCGCCCGUUAGCCCCAUCACCCCGACUCAGGAAUCGGCACGGUUGUCCGGUCCCGAUGGCCAUGGAGAUGGUCCGAUUCAUGAACAAGCACAUCGCCAUCGUCACCGUCAACAACAUACAACCUUUUCAUCAUCAGCAUCAACAUCAUCACAUUCACUGACGCCACCCUUCACAAGCACUAACAAUAAUGGUAAUAACAACAACAACAACAACAUCACCAGCUUCGCCCGAGGGCGACCCACAUUCACGCACUCACAAGUAGACCAAGUCGGCAUUCCUCCGCCGCCACCGCAACCCAUAGCCUUCGACGACAACCCGGACGUGCUAGCGCUCAAGAGCGCCAUCACCAUCUUGCAGCUGCAGCGCCAGCGAGCCACGGCAGACAUACAGGCGCUGAACCGAGCCAAAGCUGCUGCGCUUUCGGACCCAGGGGCGUUCGUUGCUGACUUGGCGGCGGGGAGGAUUGGGAUGGAUGGUGAUCCGCUGCUUAAUGGGCCUGGACCUACUGGUGAUGGUAGUAGUGACGAUGAUAACGAUGAUGAUGAGGAUGGGGAUGAGGAUAUGAACUCGGAAGGAGACAGUGUUGAUGGCCAAGAUGAUGGCGAUGAUGGAGCAGAGGUCCCCCACGACCCAGACGGUGAUAUAUCCAUGUCCGGCGCCGGCGCUGGGAAUACCUUAUCUACAUCUACCCCUAAUUGCCUCUCCAAAACCUGGCGCUCCCUUCCCAAGCCGCAAACGGUCGUCCGCUGUCCGCCCAUCAACUGGGCCCAGUACGCCAUCGUAGGCGAGUCGCUUGAUAAGCUGCACCGCGAGCAAUUGACGGCGCCUACGCUGGGGGUACCUGCGGUUCUUAGUGUCGGAGGGGUGUAUGAAUUCAGAGGGACAGCGGCGGCAGCAGGAGCAGCACCAGGAGGAGGUGUUGUUAGCGUUGGUAAUGGGGGCGGUUAUGCCAUGGGAGAUACCACGGUAACAACAGACCGGACCUCUACGCCACCAACGACAACGAUGGCAACCACGGCUGGAACAGAAGCGCAGCAGUCACCAGGGGAGACAUCGGGACAGGGACAAGGGCAAGGGCAAGGACAAGGACAAUUUCCAACACUAGGACGAAAUGAACAACCGCAGAGAUUGGUUGGUGUUGCAGCGCCGUACACGCCAGGCAGAGAUAAGAUCGAGAGGACGACAGGCAGGAAAGGAGCCAAGCGCUGA